AUCUUGCUAAAACAAUCCGUCCUCUCUGUCUCCAGGAAAAACGCGAAUCUCUCUUCCGCCCUCGAAAGCGAAAUUGAACUGAUCCGAGAGGACGAAUCAGAAUAACUGAAAAAGGAGCUUAUUCUCACUCUCAUUCGCCGGUGGACGUGAGGCCUGGAACAAUUACAUUUGGUUUUUGGAAUUAGGGUUAGGUUUAGAUUUUCAAUUAGGUUUUUUUUGCACCAUAGUUGCGAAGAGAAUUGGACGAUGGAAGGAUUUGCAACUAGGGUUCGGCUUAGGGAUGAGAGGUCUAGGUUUCGGCGAUGAAAUGCUCAAUUGAUGGUUCCAGUAGCUGGUGCCGCUGAUGGCUGGAUGCCCAUGCCACGGACGGACGAUUAUGAUGGGCGCUGGUGGGGACGAAGGUUGUUGCCCCGAGGAAAAGACUUGCCUACCGACUUCUGGGAUUCCGGUGACCACUCGGACGAACCAACUAGCAAUGAAAAAGCCCAUUUCACUGGGGGUCGAUUUGUUUUCCCAGGCACGAAAAGCACUAAGCGAGUGUCCCCCUCUCGACUUCCCUGAGGAAGGGUCUGCUUCAGCUUCUAGUGUAAUUACUCUGCCUAGUAGGUUGGCCAGCUUUUUGAAUCCGUCUAAUAGUAGAAAGAGGCGCAAAAAGGGUCACUCUGGUGCCGAGAAGAAGACUUCUCGGGCAGGUGAGCUAUCUCGUGGGGCCAAUUUUUGGAAUGAUAAGGACGUGUAUUUCAGAGACUUGACAUUGCCUGAUAUUGAUGCUUUGUACAAGGUAUCUUCACUUAGUUCUCUAGCGCUUAGGAAGUGUUUUUUUAUUCCGCAUUUAGGGAAUGGGAAUGCCAUGGUUGCAAAUGUGGAAUGUAUUGAAGCAACCAAUGUGGGUGAUGGUAAUGUGGUUAGAACAGAAGAAAAUAACCAGGACCAGCAGUCUGUAGAAAUCGGCAGUAUGUUAGCUGAAUCUUUGCCUAAUGAAGAUGGAAAGAAUUGUUCUGCAGGAGACUCAGCUGGCAGUUUAGAGUGGAUUUUAGGAAGUAGGAAUAGGAUUUUGUUGGCAUCAGAGCGCCCCUCUAAGAAGAGGAAACUUCUAGGUGGCGAUUCAGGGUUGGAGAAGGUUUUGGUUGGUCAUCCGGGCACGGGGAACUCAUCUUUAUGUGACUUCUGCUGCAGUGGGGACAUGGGUAAUGAGUCAAACCGUUUGAUUGUCUGCAGUUCUUGUAAGGUUAGUGUUCAUCACAAGUGUUAUGGUGUAGAAGAGGUUGUAAAUGACUCUUGGCUGUGUUCUUGGUGCAAGUGUAAGGGUGCUAGUAGUGACUCAUCAAGACCCUGCGUGCUUUGCCUGAAGCAGGGUGGUGCUUUGAAAUCUGUUGAUAAGAGGGUAAAAAAUGAUGGAUGUGGGGAGUUCGCUCACUUGUUUUGUUCUCUUUGGAUGCCUGAGGUCUAUAUAGAGGACUUGACGAAGAUGGAACCUAUUAUGAACCUGGAAGAAGUAAAGGAAACCCGGCGGAAAUUAGUGUGUAAUAUAUGCAAGGUGAAGUGUGGCACGUGUGUUCGGUGCAGUCAUGGAGCUUGCAGAACUUCUUUUCAUCCUAUUUGUGCCAGGGAGGCUAGAAACAGAAUGGAGGUCUGGAGAAGAUAUGGGUGUGAUGAUGUUGAGCUACGGGCUUUCUGCUCAAAGCACUCUGAUGGCCUUGGUAGUUGCAGUAUGGCGCAAGGACAUUAUUCUCUUUCUGUUAAUGGUGAUGUGUCUGGUACCACUCCUCUUCCAUUGUUGUCGACAAACAAGCUGGAUAACCACAGAAGUGGAGAAAACAUUUCAGUCCACCGAGAAACUUGUCAGUCUCAUGAUGAAUGCAAUGAUGGAGAAUUAGCAGAGUUUGGCCUGUCCGAUACCAUACUAAAGACUGAAAUUGUCUCAGAAUGUGCUGAUACCCUGCAAGCCAAAAAUAUUGCUAAUAUGGCUAUGUCAGGGAGGAGAAACAGUGAUGAUUUUAAGCCAUUUGACAGUGUGAAUCUUGCUCCGAUUCUAAAGAAGUUAAUUGAGCGGGGCAAAGUCAAUGUGAAAGAAGUGGCAUCAGAUAUUGGCAUUCCACCCGAUUCAUUAUCAUCUAGACUUGCUGAUGAUACCUUGGCUCCUCAGUUGCGAUUUAAAAUAGCUAAAUGGCUCAGGAAUCAUGCCUACAUGGGUUUUCUGCAGAGAAACUCGAAUAUUGAUGUAAAAUUCCCAUUGGAAGACGAGAAUGGAACAGUUGAUUCUCCUGAUGAUGUAACUGUAACAGAGUCUGAUAUAACGGUUCCUGGUGCUGUUAAGUGUGUACCUUCUAGGAGAAGAACCAACAGCAAUAUUAGGUUUUCGAGGAAUGACAAAGUAAUUCCAUUCUAUGAGGAAUUUUUAAUUGAGAAUGGGAUAGAGACCAAUGAGGUUAAAGUAGAUAGAGUGGUCAGUGAAGAACAAGAAAAUUCAAGUGAAUGGACCAUCACCAAUGCUUCUGAAAAGGGCUCAUCUAAUACUGAUGGAUUUCAUGAUUCUGUGGGUCAUUCACUGAAGUCUGAAGGUGAGCCGUCAAAUGGCAACUUACAUGCAUAUAGCCAGCCUGUGGUUUCAGCUUUUCCUCAGCCGGAUAUUGUAGUGAAUGGCAAUCAGAGAAGUCUUGCUUGUGCAAAUGGAAACUCAGUUGUCGUCGACCUCAUAAAAAUGGGAGCAGCUUCUAAUUGUUAUAUUCACCUGUGGAUCAGUAAGAAGUUGCAGAUGCAUAGUGAAUUGUUUCUAAAGAACACAGACUAUGAAGCUGAAGACCCAAAGCAGGAAGGAAGGUCUCAUCUGGAAGAAUCUUCCCGUGCCAGUGCCUGCUGUAAUUGCCAAAAUCAAUGUCCAGAGUGCAGUGGCUUGAUUGGAAAAUUAGAUAGGGUAAAGUUAGAGGAGCUUGCUGAGGCUAGGAAAGUUGGAGUGCUAGAGCUGUCUCCAAGAGAUGAAGUGGAGGGGGAAAUUAUUUAUUUUCAACAUAGAUUGCUUGGGAAUGCAGUUGGAAGAAAGAGCUUUACUGAUGGUUUAAUUCAUAAGGUUGUUGAGAUUAUAUCACAUGAAAUUGAUGUGGCACAUAGCCGAAGUUGGGAUGCUGCGCUUGUUAGUCAAUAUCUCUGUGACCUUAGAGAAGCAAAGAAGCAGGGUAGGAAAGAAAGAAAGCAUAAGGAAGCACAGGCUGUGCUAGCUGCUGCAACUGCUGCAGCUGCAACUUCAUCUAGGAUUUCAUCAUUUAGGAAAGAUGCAUUUGAUGAGUCUGCUAAGCAGGAGAAUUUGAUGAAAUUGAACAACUCUAGUGGAUGGAUUUGCACUUCUUCUCAGUUGAUGCCUCGGCCAAAGCAGACACUUUCAAGGGUGGCUGUCCCAAGAAUUUUAACUGAAAAGUAUUUUGAUUAUGUUCAGUCAGUUUCAGAUUUUUCCAAAGAGCAUCCUAGAUCAUGUGACAUAUGCAGAAGAUCUGAGACAAUUUUGAACCCUAUCUUAGUGUGCUCCGGUUGCAAGGUUGCAGUCCAUUUGGAUUGCUAUCAUAAUAUGAAAGAAUCUACAGGUCCAUGGUACUGUGAAUUAUGUGAAGCGUUGUUGCCAUCUAGAUGCCCCGGAGCUCCUACGGUCAAUUUUUUGGAGAAACCCUAUUUUGUUGCAGAAUGUGGUUUAUGCGGUGGCACUACUGGUGCUUUUAGGAAAUCUUCUGAUGGUCAAUGGGUCCAUGCCCUUUGUGCAGAGUGGAUCUUUGAAUCAGCAUUCAGAAGAGGACAAGUAAAUUCUGUUGAAGGAAUGGAGACAGUUACAAAGGGGGUUGAUACUUGUUGUAUCUGUCAUUGCAAACACGGUGUCUGCAUAACGUGUAACUAUGGUCACUGUCAGACCACAUUUCAUCCAUCGUGUGCUAGAAGUGCUGGCUUCUACAUGAAUAUUAAGACUAGUGGUGGCAAGUUGCAACACAAGGCUUACUGUGAAAAACAUAGCUUGGAACAGAGGACAAAGACUCAAAAGCAUGGACUUGAGGAGUUGAGGAGUAUCAAGCAAAUCAGGGUCGAGUUGGAGAGAUUACGCCUUCUUUGUGAGAGAAUUAGCAGACGCGAAAAGAUAAAGAGGGAGCUGGUUUUUUGUUCACAUGACAUUCUUGCCUACAAAAGAGACCACGUAGCUCGUUCUGUGCUUGUGCAUAGUCCCUUUUUUCAUCCAGAUAGUUCAGAAUCAGCUACAACAUCCCUCAAAGGCCACACAGAUGGUUACAAAUCUAGCAGUGAAGCAAUCCAACGAUCAGAUGAUAUUACCAUUGACAGCACACUUUCUUUUAAGAACUUGAUCAAGGUUCCUGUAUCCAUGGACACCGACCAAAAGACAGAUGACAGCUCCUCGUCCCAAAAUAUAUUUACAAGACAGGCUACUGAGAGGGUGCCAUUUUCUGGCAACCAAAUCCUUCAUAAACCUUCUGGUUCAUCUCUUAAUUCUUUGGAUGAUGGAGAAUGGAGUUCAAAAUCAAGAAAGCUUAUCGAAAGUUUUGAAAAAGAGCUGGUUAUGACUUUGGAUCAAGCUUCUAUGAAGAAUCAGCAAUUGCCCAAAGGAUAUGUCUACAUCCCGGUGGAUUGCCUUUCAAAGGAGAAAAAGGUCAUCCAGGAUGAUUGCUCAAGUGAACCUGUGGAACACGAUGGGUAAUACUAAUAUCUGAGUUCGUGAUCUGCUUGCUGGAAAGUCAACCACCACCUGCCUGGGAAACUGCUUUCUGCCUGUGGGAGGUUUGCACCGGAGCAAAAGUGAUGAAUGGCAGAGUUGAUGCAGUGACAGAACUCUUCUCUCCUGUGAAACAACUUGAAUAGGAAUCCCAUUCUGGUUUGUGGUCGAAAGUUUUGGCUUCAGUGUUGCAUAUUCGUUAUGAUAUUAACUGUACAGUGGAUGAGGUUUAUUCUGCAGCACGUAUCGUAAAGGGGCUUGUGGUCAGUUGCAAGGAAUUGAGUGGGUAUCCCUGCUGUGAGUGGUCUGUAGAGUUGGUGUAUAUAUCCUCAUUAGUCAUUAGAAAUGCACUCAAUGUAACAUUGAUGAUGCAUUUAGAUUACCUUGUUCUGUUGUGACCUUAUUUACUCUAUGUUUUAGCUAAUGGAUUACAGAUUUAGCAGUUGUGCAUAUACUCAUUUUUUUCCAUCAAACUCUGUUCCUGUUGCUAGUUAUCAUGGAUGUCGUGCGGUGGAUUGAUCAGGGCCGGAUCACUGAUAAUGGAACAAGGCUCUGUUUACGGCUGGGAAAUCCUCAAUUGGCUUCCUUCGAAUGAUCUCAUCGGAUAUGGUCAUGGUAACGUUUUUACCUAACUUGUAUGUAGGCAUGAAAUAAUGAAGAUGAAUGUUACAUAUUUAUUCUUGCAUCGAAAAAUCAGUCGAUUUAUGCUUUUCCUGAAACAGUUAGCAAAUAACUGAUAUGGAAAAAUAGAGGAAUGGAAAACAAGAGAAACAAUUUUAUCUGGUUCUGCGAA